AGCGGCACGCUCGCCAUGAAAGCCCUCGAAACCGCCGCUCAGUUUCAGGUGUCGUCACGUCUCGCGCGUCCGCGGAGGUGCAUUGUGGGAGUUGUAGUGCCGCACGGCGGACAGGCCCGUCCUCCGCCGAGCGAGCGCGUCCGGCUACAAACUCGCAGUCCCAACAUGCUCGGUGUGCGUGUGCGUGUGUGUGUGUGUGUGUGUGAAGGCAGACGAGGACACGCUUCACAAGUGCAGCAACAAAAUGAAAAUAUGGCAAACUCCUUGCCGUGUGCAGGGAGUCUUGUAAGAAGCAAAUCUGAGGGGACACUGAUCGAUCUGGAUGAAAACGCUCUGAAUGAUGGAACUGUGCCUCCAACGCCAAAGAACGAUGACAAGACAAGACAAAAUCCCUUUUGGAGCAAGCUGUCAGGAUCUAUUCCUUUCGAUGACAUUGGACACAACAACUCUGAUAACCUUAUUUCCAACACAUCACCCAUAUUCCCAGGAUCUGUAAACCACCUGGACGCAGAAAAUGGGGAUACCAUUAGCACAUCUUCAGAUGAAGGCAAUGUGGGGAACUUUCUGGAAAAGAAAAACAAAGCCAACAACAAAUCUGGGAGAUGGAGGAGUGCCACAGACAUUUUGGAUCAUUUUGAGAGGAAGACACCAAAGAGAGGGCACAGCUUCAAACCACCCCAGCCUGUUCUAACUCCUGAUUUUGAUUGGCUAAAAAAUGAUAGAGAAGCCUAUAAAAUGGCUUGGCUGAGCCACAGGCAGUUAACUCGCUCUUGCUUGGACCUAAAUCUGAUAAGCCAGAGUCCUGGAUGGGCUCAGACUCAGGCAACAAACUUUCAGGUCAUCUGCAAGAUCAGCCAUGAUGGAGGCACAGUCCAACUGCCAGACUCUGAAAUUAGUAUGCACGUCCCGGAGGGCCACAUCCCCCCGGGUGAAGUUCAGGAAGUUACACUGAAGGCAAUGCUCGACCCCCCUCCUGGACUCAACAACAACUACAUUACCACUAUGAGUCCACUUCUGGAAGUAGUGCUCAGCAACAUCAACACAAAGGGUUCAAUCUCCUUGAAGGUUAAGCUGUCCGGAGAAGUGCGGAGCGACCCGUUAAGUCAGGUCCUGACCACAGUGUUCGGACUCUUGUCUUGCAAAAGAGAAGGACCCUAUACGAGAGUGAAUGACUGUGACAUUUUCAACAACGUAAUGCAGAUGAAGCUCCAGAACCUGAAGACGCAUUUUUACGUGAUAGCAGUCGCAGAGGCCUCAGCCAUUCAGUCCACGGCUAUGUCAGUCUGGGAUUACCUUCACCGCCAAAUCACAGUCGCCAUCUAUGGACCCAGGUACAUCCAUCCAGCUUUUAAGGUUGUAAUAGUGGUGUGCUGUCACGAGGAGGUACCACCAAAGCUCCCGUUUCUGGAUAUAUGUCAAGGAAACAGACUGCCUCCACUCGUGCUGCAGCUUUGGGGAACACAUCACCUUAGGACUGACAACCUGCACGACCUGCUUGUCACCACUAGUAUCGCAGGCUCUACGUUUAAAAUCAAACUUGAGGACAAGGUGAAAGAAGUGAGGCUGAGCCAGCUCAAAAUUGGGACAGUGCUGCGUUUACCGGUGGCCUUAUCAUGUGCUGGUAGCAAAGACCUAAGUCCGUUUCAGUUAGAUCUGGAAGUAACUGAAACAAACUCUACAACUGUUGCAUAUUUCCAGGUCCCUUCCCCUUCUGCAGCACCGAUUCGAUGUGAAAAGCGCAUGCCAAAUCACACAAGUGGAAAAGUUGUUGAAAUAUCGAAAACAUCCUCUAUUCCUGAGGAACGGGUGUCAGAUUUCCCCAUAUUUAAAGAUGGACCUGUGAACCUAAAAUGGUAUGGUGUGGCCCUAAAGUCAGUUCUCCGUCAGACACACGUGGACUACCUAUUGGAGUACUUCAAGGGAGACACGUUGGCUCUCCUCUCCAAGGCGACCGUUAGAUCCGUAGGGAAUUCAAAGGUAAAGGAGUGGUACAUCGGAUUCCUUAGGGGCAAGAUCGGUUUGGUCCAUUGCAAAAAUGUCAAGCUCAUUACGGUCGAUCAGGUGAUCGACUUUACCGGCAUUCACGUGACCGCAGAGGUUCUCCUGGACAACAUGACACUGCCCUUCAAGAAGCUUACGUACAUGUACUCAGCCAUCCAGACAUUAGUCACUGAGCACAUAACCAACUGGAGAGAGUUUGCAGAUGCUUUAGGGUAUUACAAUCUGUCGCUGGACAGCAUCACUCGCAGAGUUGCUGAAACAGAGGCUGAUAAGGUGGCCUGUGUGCUGGAAAAGCUGAAGGAAGACUGCCACGCUGAGAAGAGUGAAAAGAAAUUCCUUCACGAACUCAUGGUUAGUCUGUUAAAGAUGGACAGCAUCAAUCUUGUGGCCCAGAUGAUUCAGAAUACAGUUAUCCUGUCCACAGCCGUGGAGCUGGGGAUUCGAUGGCGGGAGCUCAUUGACAAAACGGCAAAGCUGUCCAGUGCUCAGAUCGCUGUCUAUGAGGCUCCACACAGAGGAAUGAAUGGAGAAGUUGGGCCUCAGUUAAUGUGGAAACCUGCCUACGAUUUCCUGUUCUCCUGGAGUCAACGUUAUGGAAACCGUUACAGAGACGUGAUUCAAGACCUCCACCUGGUCCUAGAUAAAAUGAAGAAUCCUGUCACCAGACAAUGGCGAGAACUGACCGGUGCCCUCAUCACAGUCAACUGCCUCGAUCGCUACAGGGCCUCAGCAUACCGAAAGACCUAAGCUAAGCACUUUUGCAAUCAGAGCAUGAUAAUGUCCCUGCACUUAGACUUCUUCUGUUUGUUUACUGUAUGUCUUUGUCCUUUAACUGCAGCUGUGAUCAGCAUGUCUUGAAAAUAGAUGAGGAGAGGAGAAAAAAAAAAAAAAUAAAAUAAAAAUAAAAAAUGAAGGCCAGUUUUCCCAACAGGACAUUGUGUUUAUUCUUUUACCCAUAAAAUGUCAACAUUUAUCAAAUAAUUAUGAUUACAACAUGUAUUUUUUGGGUACUUUGUGUUUACAGACUACUUGUUCCUUUUGAAUAUAAGUCACAUCACUAUUGUUGCGGUAGAUGUUUAGAUAUUUGCAUCAGUUAAUCUGAAACACAAAGCAUCUGAAUUGAGACACCAAGAAAUGUGAAACUCAUUUACGUGCAUUAACUUAUGAUUUAUAUGUACUUCCUGAAUGCUCUCCUAACGUGAUAAUGAACAGGUACCUUAUAUUUUGUAUUGUAACGUUAUAUUUUUCAAGGAAACAUUACUUCCUAUACACCAUGUUGCCAAAUGUUUUAAAGAUGCACUAUUGAUCCUUGUAGAGUGGUACCAAGCUUGACACAGAAAUGAACUGUUGCAUUUGAUGGAAACAUUCACUGAAACUAAACUACCUGGAGGAAUCACAUUUUAAUAAAAGAGAUCUUUGUAACA